AUGUCUUCCUUCUUCAACCUCUUCAAGAAGCAGAAGGCACCCCUCGCGUGUAUCAUGUCCCUCGAUCAAGGCCACACCCACACCCAAGCCUGCUUCGUGGACAUCAUGCCCCUUUCGGUCGUGGAGCUCUUCCAGUCUCAGGGUUGUGCGUCAUGCCCACCAGCAGUUCCACGCAUCCAAGAUGCGACAAACAACCCGAACCUCCUGCUUCUCACGUACGAUGUGACAUAUUGGAACCCAUCCAGCGGCUGGGAGGACACCUUUGGUUCGACACAAUGGGACUCGCGACAACGUCAAUACUUGACCAAAUGGGGCAAAAACAGUCUCUUCACACCGCAGAUCGUUGUCGACGGUGUCUCCGAUGGUAUCGGUGCUACCAAGGAGGAUAUCGACCAGAUCAUCAUGAGGGCAAUGGGUUUACGAAAUGGGAUGACCUGGGCCCUGGGCAUUGACCGGGUUGGAAACGACCUAAGGCUUGCGUCCGACGCACCAGAAGCGGAUAUGGUGUAUGACGUGCUGAUAGUCAAGUAUGAUCCCGUGCUUCAAACUGUCAAGCCUCGCACGGGCCCGAACAAGUCGAAGAAGAUCCCUCAUCGCAAUGUCGUCAAAGAGCUGAUGAAGAUCGGAGAGUGGAAUGGCGGCAUUUCGAGAGUUGUAUUGCCAAGCUUCAAGAAGGACGGAUACGAAAGAGUUGCCCUUGUGCAGGGAGGCAUUGGCGGUCCGAUCAUCGCUGCAUUGAAAUUGUAG